AUGGCAAACUUUUCCUCUUGUGACAGGCCCCAGGACUACACUGGUGUGCUAUCUAUCUCCUUCAUUGCAAUGAGUCAAUAAACUUGACUUUGGUGGAAUUAUAUGUUUGUCCUUGGUGAUGUGAGGCUGACUGAGCUAGAACAAAACUAUAUACAGUAUAAUAGACAUAAAUGUUAUGGAAAAAAUAAAAGCAAGGAAAAAGCAGUGUUCGGGAAGGGAGAGUGUGUGAUUUAAGUAGGGUGCUCAGGAAAGUUCUCAUGGAUAAACUGACGUCUGCGCAAGGACCUAAGGGAAGUGGUGGACUUCCUAAUUGGCUGAGUAUCUGUGAAAAGGAGCAGUCUAGGAAGAAGGAAAAAGUGCAAAGGCCCUGAGGAGAGGGCAUACAGGGCAUGUUCCAAUCACAGUUGCGCAGCGAGGCCUACCCUGACAACCUCUUUAAUUCUGAAACAUACCCCUAUCCCCACUGCUACUCUCUUAUCCUGCUUUUGCUUUUCUCCAUACAAGUGUUCAAGAUAUGAUCUGUGUUUAUUAUGCUUGUUUUCUGCUUCCGCCAGGGCAGGCAUCUUCGCCUGUCUCCUUCACUGACGUAGCCCAAGCUCCUAGCAGUGUGGGGCACACAGACGAGGCUCCACUUGUGGACAGCCACUUGUGGAAGCACGGAGCCACUUGUGGAGGUACGGCGGCCUGGGGCUGAGCAAAGAGAGAGGUUAAGGGGAGGAGGAGGAGACCCGGUCACGCGGGACCUUGGGGGCCACUAGGAGGAGUCGGGAGCCUCGCGGACCCACCAGGAACUAGCCUGGCUCGUGGGGACCGCAGGCAGCCACACAGGCCACGGCCCCCCACCACCGUCGACGUCAUACGCGUCGACGCGCGUGCGCCAGCAGCGCCCCAACAAGGCGCCCGUCUGAUUGGCCGCCGGAGACUCCUAGAGGUGGCAUUGCGCACGCGCGCCCCUUCGCUCGAGACUGGUGCUCGUGGGUUUAUGUCGCUCUCCAGCUUCCGUCGUCUCGGCGGCACUUCAGCUUCUCAUCCAGAGUGCUAGUUCCUGGAGCUCGGGAUGUUCCCGGAACUCAAUAACCUUCUCAACAUCACCCCCGACAGGGCGGAGCAGGGGAAACUGACUCUACUCUGUGAUGCCAAGACAGAUGGCAGUUUCCUUGUGCACCACUUUCUCUCCUUCUACCUCAAAGCUAAUUGUAAAGUCUGCUUUGUGGCACUCAUCCAGUCCUUCAGCCACUACAACAUCGUGGGACAGAAGCUGGGUGUCAGCCUGACCUUGGCUCGGGAACGUGGACAGCUUGUGUUCCUUGAGGGUCUCAAGUCCUCAACUGAUGUCUUCUUCCAGGCUCACGAGGAGCCACACCCGCUGCAGUUUCUCAGGGAGGCCAGCCCUGGGAACCUGCAACCAUUGUUUGAAUUUGUGAGGGAGGCCCUGAAGCCUGUGGACAAUGGAGAGACUGCGUGGAGGUGCCCAGUGCUGCUGGUGGACGAUCUCAGUUUGCUCCUGAGCCUGGGCAUGGGGGCGGUGGCUGUGCUGGACUUUGUUCACUACUGCCGAGCCACCGUGUGCUGGGAACUAAAGGGCAACAUGGUGGUUCUUGUGCAUGACAGUGGAGAUGCUGAGGAUGAGGAGAAUGACGUCCUGCUGCAUGGCCUCAGUCAUCAGAGCCACCUGAUCCUGCGGACUGAGGGCCUGGCCACCGGGUUCUGCAGGGACGUGCAUGGGCAGCUGAGGAUCCUGUGGAGGAGGCCAUCGCAGCCCACAGCCCAGCGGGAUCGGAGCCUCACUUACCAGUAUAAGAUACAGGACAAGAAUGUGUCCUUUUUUGCCAAAGGAAUGUCUCCUGCUGUUCUGUGACCUGAUUUAGGGGGGCUGAAACUACCUUGGACUGUUUUCGCAUGUGGAAGAUAAAGCAACCUAGCAGGAAUGGGUCUUCACACCUUCGUAGUAGUAUUACAGGCUGGACUGGCAGCUCUGCUGUGACUCAAGGAGGGUUGAAUGGUGGGAUGAUGGUGUGCCUUGGCCCCCCUGGGCCCUGUUCAGAAACAGUGAGGCAUGCAUGACCCUGCCUCUGCCGAGAGAGAGGCUGGAUGUUGAAUCCCAGCAAAAGGGGUCCUUUGGAGCCUUCAUAUAAAUACACUGUAGCCCCAACUGCCCAUUUUUGGUUGUUGUGCCUUUUAGAGCCAGAGUGGGUAUGAACGUGCCAGCCAGGAGAUAGUCCCGGAUGGCAGGUGUCCAGGGUGAUAACUAGAAUAAUCAUAGCUGGAAUAAGGUAUUAAGUUCCCACA